CCUUUUUGGCUUCAUACAAAACUGGAGCACAUCUUCAUUUCCUACAGAAGUUACAACAAAAAUCAUCAGUCUGGGCAGCUCACGUGGGGAACGUUCAACCGUACAGGCAGAGAUCUUGCAGCCAGUCCAAAACCCUAUCCUUCCUUAUGUGGGCCCAAUUUCUGGAGGAACUGAGAGAAGGCAUGGCCUUGUACUUUCAAGGAGUUGUUCCCACUAAUGCUGACCGUUUUGAAAUAAAUUUCAAGACUGGGCAGUCCGAGGGCGAUGACAUUGCUUUCCACUUCAACCCUCGAAUGGAGAAGAAGGUGGUCAUGAACAGCUUCAGGAACGGUGGAUUUGAGGCAGAGGAAAGUGUCUCUGAUAACCCCUUUAAAAAGGGACAAGCUUUUGAGAUGGUCACUGUCAUCAAAUCCGAAGGAUAUCAGGUAUACGUGAAUGGCAAGGAGCAGUACACAUUCAGGCACCGUAUACCAUUGGAAAAAGUGUCAGUGUUAAAUAUCACUGGAGAUGUUGCAGUGAACCUUUUUGGCUUCAUACAAAACUGGAGCACAUCUUCAUUUCCUACAGAAGUUACAACAAAAAUCAUCAGUCUGGGCAGCUCACGUGGGGAACGUUCAACCGUACAGGCAGAGAUCUUGCAGCCAGUCCAAAACCCUAUCCUUCCUUAUGUGGGCCCAAUUUCUGGAGAACUGAGAGAAGGCAUGGCCUUGUACUUUCAAGGAGUUGUUCCCACUAAUGCUGACCGUUUUGAAAUAAAUUUCAAGACUGGGCAGUCCGAGGGCGAUGACAUUGCUUUCCACUUCAACCCUCGAAUGGAGAAGAAGGUGGUCAUGAACAGCUUCAGGAACGGUGGAUUUGAGGCAGAGGAAAGUGUCUCUGAUAACCCCUUUAAAAAGGGACAAGCUUUUGAGAUGGUCACUGUCAUCAAAUCUGAAGGAUAUCAGGUAUACGUGAAUGGCAAGGAGCAGUACACAUUCAGGCACCGUAUACCAUUGGAAAAAGUGUCAGCGUUAAAUAUCACUGGAGAUGUUGCAGUGAACCUUUUUGGCUUCAUACAAAACUGGAGCACAUCUUCAUUUCCUACAGAAGUUACAACAAAAAUCAUCAGUCUGGGCAGCUCACGUGGGGAACGUUCAACCGUACAGGCAGAGAUCUUGCAGCCAGUCCAAAACCCUAUCCUUCCUUAUGUGGGCCCAAUUUCUGGAGGACUGAGAGAAGGCAUGGCCUUGUACUUUCAAGGAGUUGUUCCCACUAAUGCUGACCGUUUUGAAAUAAAUUUCAAGACUGGGCAGUCCGAGGGCGAUGACAUUGCUUUCCACUUCAACCCUCGAAUGGAGAAGAAGGUGGUCAUGAACAGCUUCAGGAACGGUGGAUUUGAGGCAGAGGAAAGUUUCUCUGAUAACCCCUUUAAAAAGGGACAAGCUUUUGAGAUGUUCAUCGUCAUCAAAUCCGAAGGAUAUCAGGUAUACGUGAAUGGCAAGGAGCAGUACACAUUCAGGCACCGUAUACCAUUGGAAAAAGUGUCAGCGUUAAAUAUCACUGGAGAUGUUGCAGUGAACCUUUUUGGCUUCAUACAAAACUGGAGCACAUCUUCAUUUCCUACAGAAGUUACAACAAAAAUCAUCAGUCUGGGCAGCUCACGUGGGGAACGUUCAACCGUACAGGCAGAGAUCUUGCAGCCAGUCCAAAACCCUAUCCUUCCUUAUGUGGGCCCAAUUUCUGGAGGACUGAGAGAAGGCAUGGCCUUGUACUUUCAAGGAGUUGUUCCCACUAAUGCUGACCGUUUUGAAAUAAAUUUCAAGACUGGGCAGUCCGAGGGCGAUGACAUUGCUUUCCACUUCAACCCUCGAAUGGAGAAGAAGGUGGUCAUGAACAGCUUCAGGAACGGUGGAUUUGAGGCAGAGGAAAGUUUCUCUGAUAACCCCUUUAAAAAGGGACAAGCUUUUGAGAUGUUCAUCGUCAUCAAAUCCGAAGGAUAUCAGGUAUACGUGAAUGGCAAGGAGCAGUACACAUUCAGGCACCGUAUACCAUUGGAAAAAGUGUCAGUGUUAAAUAUCACUGGAGAUGUUGCAGUGAACCUUUUUGGCUUCAUACAAAACUGGAGCACAUCUUCAUUUCCUACAGAAGUUACAACAAAAAUCAUCAGUCUGGGCAGCUCACGUGGGGAACGUUCAACCGUACAGGCAGAGAUCUUGCAGCCAGUCCAAAACCCUAUCCUUCCUUAUGUGGGCCCAAUUUCUGGAGAACUGAGAGAAGGCAUGGCCUUGUACUUUCAAGGAGUUGUUCCCACUAAUGCAGACCGUUUUGAAAUAAAUUUCAAGACUGGGCAGUCCGAGGGCGAUGACAUUGCUUUCCACUUCAACCCUCGAAUGGAGAAGAAGGUGGUCAUGAACAGCUUCAGGAACGGUGGAUUUGAGGCAGAGGAAAGUGUCUCUGAUAACCCCUUUAAAAAGGGACAAGCUUUUGAGAUGGUCACUGUCAUCAAAUCCGAAGGAUAUCAGGUAUACGUGAAUGGCAAGGAGCAGUACACAUUCAGGCACCGUAUACCAUUGGAAAAAGUGUCAGUGUUAAAUAUCACUGGAGAUGUUGCAGUGAACCUUUUUGGCUUCAUACAAAACUGGAGCACAUCUUCAUUUCCUACAGAAGUUACAACAAAAAUCAUCAGUCUGGGCAGCUCACGUGGGGAACGUUCAACCGUACAGGCAGAGAUCUUGCAGCCAGUCCAAAACCCUAUCCUUCCUUAUGUGGGCCCAAUUUCUGGAGGACUGAGAGAAGGCAUGGCCUUGUACUUUCAAGGAGUUGUUCCCACUAAUGCUGACCGUUUUGAAAUAAAUUUCAAGACUGGGCAGUCCGAGGGCGAUGACAUUGCUUUCCACUUCAACCCUCGAAUGGAGAAGAAGGUGGUCAUGAACAGCUUCAGGAACGGUGGAUUUGAGGCAGAGGAAAGUGUCUCUGAUAACCCCUUUAAAAAGGGACAAGCUUUUGAGAUGGUCACUGUCAUCAAAUCCGAAGGAUAUCAGGUAUACGUGAAUGGCAAGGAGCAAUACACAUUCAGGCACCGUAUACCACUGGAAAAAGUGUCAGCGUUAAAUAUCUUUGGAGAUGUUGCCGUGAACCUUUUGGCUUCAUACAAAACUGGAGCACAUCUUCAUUUCCUACAGAAGUUACAACAAAAAUCAUCAGUCUGGGCAGCUCACGUGGGGAACGUUCAACCGUACAGGCAGAGAUCUUGCAGCCAGUCCAAAACCCUAUCCUUCCUUAUGUGGGCCCAAUUUCUGGAGGACUGAGAGAAGGCAUGGCCUUGUACUUUCAAGGAGUUGUUCCCACUAAUGCUGACCGGUUUGAAAUAAAUUUCAAGACUGGGCAGUCCAGUCACGAUGACAUUGCUUUCCACUUCAACCCUCGAAUGGGCUCAAAGGUGGUCAUGAACAGUUUCGGGAACAAAAAAUGGGGAGCUGAGGAAAGUUUCUCUGAUAACCCCUUU